CAAUUAAAGCACCCAUAAUCAUAAAAACAACAAGGUGGACAAUCAAAUCAAGAAACACACAUACACCCUGCAGUAUCAGUUAAACUUAAUUGUAUGGAGUUUUAUUUAUUUUUUGGGGGGAAAAUGCAGCUCUGAGGACACAAGGAAAUAACACAAGUGCAAUAUAUUACAAUGAUUUUAGUAAUGCGUAACGUUACAAAUACCAUUGUAUUGUGGACUUAAAAGUCACCAAAAUGUGGGAAUGACCCAAUACAAUGAAAAUGUAAAUGCACGAUUCAUUAGUCUAGCACGUCUCUUUUUCGUUCAAUAGCUACUUUGUACUCCAAAUGAGUUUCCAUCGGAAGGCAAUUGGGGUGAAAGAGCGCGUAAUCAACACCACCUGCCGCAAAUCAAAUUAAUUACAAACCCCACCUCUAAAAGUGACUUUAAAUAUACUCGCAUCAGCCAGUGUUGGGGUACGGUUUGGUACACUGUACACUCCCAAGCGCACAAUGGCUUCAGCAGGUCUUCAGAUUCUGGCUACUGCGCUCGCUGUCGUUGGCUGGUUGGGCGAAAUUGUAAUCUGCGCGCUCCCCAUGUGGAAGGUGACGGCGUUCAUUGGCAACAACAUAGUAACCGCGCAGAUCUUCUGGGAAGGCCUGUGGAUGAACUGCGUGCAGCAGAGCACUGGUCAGAUGCAGUGCAAGGUAUACGACUCCAUGCUGGCGCUACCUCAAGACCUCCAGGCUGCUAGGGCUCUUGUUGUCAUCUCCAUUCUCGUGACCUUCUUGGGAAUUCUGCUGGCCGUCGCUGGAGGCAAGUGCACCAACUGCGUUGACGAUAGAGACGCAAAGGCCAAAGUGGGCAUCGCAGCCGGCGUGUUCUUUCUUGUCUCUGGCGUGCUCUGCUUGAUUCCUGUUUGCUGGUGCGCACACACUGUCAUCAGGGACUUCUACAAUCCCAUUCUGUCUGAAGCGCAAAAGCGGGAGCUGGGAGCAUCGCUGUUCAUCGGAUGGGCGGCCUCAGGUCUUCUGCUCAUCGGCGGCGCGCUUCUCUGUUGUCAGUGCCCGAAAAGUGACGGUCGUGGAUAUUCUGUGAAGUACUCCGCUCCUAGGUCUGCUGCCAACGGUGGAGCAUAUGUGUGAAACCCAGACUUGCUGAACGUUAGUUGAAUUCUCCUGUUUGUGAACGGAAGAGAUUAAUUUUAUUUGCUGAGAUGAACUUUCAUUACACAUUUUAAUCCCUUAUAAUAAA